GACCCCAGCCCUCCCGGCGGCCACCUCGAGGGCUACCCAUGCCCGCACCUGGCCUACGGCGAACCCGAGAGCUUCGGCGACAACCUGUACGUGUGCAUCCCGUGCGGCAAGGGCUUCCCCAGCUCGGAGCAGCUGAACGCGCACGUGGAGGCGCACGUGGAGGAAGAAGAGGCGCUGUACGGAAGGGCCGAGGCGGCUGAGGUGGCUGCGGGGGCCGCCGGCCUCGGGCCCCCUUUUGGAGGCGGUGGGGACAAGGUCGCUGGGGCUCCGGGGGGCCUGGGCGAGCUGCUGCGGCCAUACCGCUGCGCGUCGUGCGACAAGAGCUACAAGGACCCGGCCACACUGAGGCAGCACGAGAAGACGCACUGGCUGACCCGGCCCUAUCCGUGCACCAUCUGCGGGAAGAAGUUCACGCAGCGCGGGACC